CUGCGCCGGCGCUGACCGCAGGGAGUCACAGCCAUGGCGGCAGCUGGGCUCUCAGGGUCGCUGGUCCGCCUCUGGGCCUCCGCAUGGAGCGCGACAGAGUCCCCGCUCCUGUAUCAUUCUUGGAGAAAAAUGAGUUCUUCACAAGGAAUAGAGCCGAAACCUGUCAGCCCAUCCAUGAAGAAGCCAAAGGUGCCAGUUGGCCGUUUUGAUGCACCAGAAGAUUCCCACUUAGAGAAAGAACCACUAAAAAAAUUUCCAGGUGAUAUUAAUCCAGUUACCAAAGAAAAAGGUGGACCCAGAGGCCCAGAACCUACUCGCUAUGGAGAUUGGGAGCGAAAAGGACGCUGUAUUGAUUUUUAAGUCAAAUAUUCUUUAAUUUCAUUUUCAUCUUCUGAAUAUGUACAUCUGAAUUACUUAUUUCUAGGUAUUUUCUUUUUCUUUGUAGUAUAAGUCAUCUAAUUUUUAUCAUGUGUUUAAAUACAUAUAUAAAAUGGCUUUGGAAGAAAGUAUGCUGCUAAAACUUAGAACGGGAAAUAUUUUUACAUUAGUAGCUUAACUAAUAAAAAUGUAUUAGGCUAUAUAAAGUAUCAUAAGAGCUAUAAGCCUUUACUUCAUCAUUUUCAACUUACUCAGUUGCUUAUAAAAUGCACAUGUAAAGAAAAUCAUUUAUUUAAAUGACUGCUGUGUGAAUUACAUAAGAGUAACUCUUAAAACAUGAGUUAAGUAAUGCAUUGUAAUUUGCAAAGAGCACAGUAAUGACAGGAUUUUUUUUUUACUUAAACCUAAAUUUCUUAAUUAAAAUCCACUACAUACUAUAAAUGUCCCUCACCUUGGGUAAGUUAAUUAAAUUCCUGUGCUUUGUAUCCUUAUGUGAAAAUUAGAGGUAAUAGUUCUACCUCACAGAGUAACUGGGAAAAAUAAAUGAAUAAGUAGGUAUUA